CUUGCUUAAAAUGCUUUUUUUUCUUUGCCUCUCUCUGUGUGCCAAAGGGUAAUGUAAGCAAAAGGAACAAGGAUGCCCAGCUUGCUAUCAAGGCCGGAUGGCUGGCCUUGUCUAAUGCUAUCAGUCUGACGCAUAGAACAGGCAAGAUAGUCAAGGACUCAAGCCCCCCCCCCCACUCAAGGCUGCUUGAGGAUGCUACUGGGGUAGCAUGAGUCAGCAUAUGUUUACAAGAAGAACCGGGCACAGGAAGAUCCUUAUAUGUACUUGUGACCCCGUUGUGUUUAUGAGAAGGACAGGAUACGGAUUUUCCUUAUAUGGGAUUGUAACCCAUGACCCCCUUGCGUGCACACAUUUACAGAGGAGGGGGAAAGGAGCCCAAGAAGUAUAUAAGAAUGUUUGCAAAUUCGUGUUUCUUUACUCUUGUCGUGAAGCUUGAUCACCAAGAGUCUCUUAAAUUUAAGAAUUAAAUUCUUUCUCUGGAUUCAACCCUCGGUGUCGUUAUUGACUGUCCCUGUCCCUGCCUGGGCGCAACUUAAGGACCCUUAUCAGCUAAUAAGGCUACAGUUGCUAUGGCAGCCGGGAAAAAUGUGAUGAGAGCUGUCAAAGUGUUUGAAUUUGGUGGACCUGAAGUGCUUAAGCUUCAAGCAGAUAUUCCCUUGCCAAUUCCAGGAGAGAACCAGGUUCUCAUUAAAGUUCAUGCAUGUGGCAUUAAUCCAGUGGAGACCUAUAUUCGUUCUGGGACUCAUGCUAAAAAACCAGCUUUACCUUACACACCUGGUUCAGAUGUGGCUGGGGUAGUACAAGGUGUUGGAGGACAUGUAACUACUUUAAAGAAAGGAGACAGGGGUUUUACCCUUGGUACCAUUUCUGGCGGUUAUGCCGAAUAUACCAUUUCAUCAGUUGACACAGUCUUUUCCUUGUCUGAUAAACUGGACUUCAAGCAAGGUGCUGCAAUUGGAAUUCCAUAUUUUACUGCUUACCAUGCUCUCUUUCAAAAAGGAUCUGCUAAAGCAGGAGAAACCGUGCUAGUCCAUGGAGCAAGUGGAGGGGUUGGAAUAGCAGCAUGUCAGAUUGCAAGAGCUUAUGGCCUGAAGGUCUUUGGCACAGCUGGAACGGAGGAAGGGAUGAAACUAGUUUUGCAAAACGGAGCCCAUGAGGCAUUUAAUCACAAGAAGAAGGAUUAUCUCACUCAGAUUAAGGAAGCUGCUGGUGCACACGGCAUAGAUGUGAUAAUAGAGAUGUUGGCCAAUGUCAACCUUGCCCAUGACUUGCAACUGCUGUCAAGUGGAGGCCGAGUGAUGAUUGUGGGCAGCCGUGGUCCCAUUGAGAUAAACCCCAGGGACACUAUGCUGAAAGAAUCGAGCAUCAGAGGACUUUCUUUAUUCUCUGCAUCUAAGGAUGAGCUGCGUGAAUGCGCAGCAUCAGUUCUGGCUGGUGUAGAAGCUGGCUGGCUGAAACCAGCAGUAGGCCCUGAAUAUGCAUUGGAGAAGGUGGCAGAGGCUCAUAAAGACAUAAUACACAGCCCAGGUGCCUUGGGGAAGAUGGUGCUUCUCAUGUGUUAAAUUGUGCCUCCACACCAAUCGUAUAAUCGCUGCUCACAGUUGUUAAUGUAGCACGUUCUGAAUACUCCUCAAAAUGUGGUUCAGGUAUAAGUUGCAAUAAACACUAAUUUGGGGAAAUAUUUGAAUAUCAGGUUUAAAAAAGAUGACAUGCUUUGUAUUUCUGACUUAGACACUCUGCAGUUUGGGGGUGGAGUUUUUUUAUUGCAGGUCUUUGUAAAAUAUGUUUGUUUUGCACCCGAACGGUAUUGCUAUAUUGCGGACUACCAUUUCCACACAUGAACGUGCUAAACGUGUUUUGGGGCCUACAUUAGGGAGUUUUAGAAAUCCACUGUUUUGCCUUUAAUUUGCUAACUACAGAAUUACGUUCCAGAAUCCCUCUUUUCAAAAUAAAGAAUACAAGGAAGACAGACUCAACAGUUCCUUUGCUUUUCGUCUUUGGGUAACAAAGCUCAUCCUUAAGCCAUGUUACCUUUUAGUAAUCCACAUCUCCAGGAGGAGUGCCAUUCUUUGGACAAAAUGCCCAGUUUAUUUCAACUGCUGAUAUGGGGGAAAGGUGUGAUUUGAUCAGUACCUGUGUACAUCCGUAUGCAAUCACACCCAGCCUGUGUUGUCUUUGCUCUUUGGAGAAGAGGGGAAGACUGUGCAAAUAGGGUUUCCACACAUAUGAGAGUACGCACAAACCAGCCACUGUUGUUCUCUUUGUAAUGGUAAUGUAUAGAUUUAGUGGCUUCAUUCUGAUGUAAGGCUAAGGCAGGCAUCCCCAAACUUCGGCCCUCCAGAUGUUUUGGACUACAAUUCCCAUCUUCCCCGACCACUGGUCCUGUUAGCUAGGGAUCAUGGGAGUUGUAGGCCAAAACAUCUGGAGGGCCGCAGUUUGGGGAUGCCUGCCUUAGUGAAUGAAGCAUACUGAGCCUCAGGCUUGAAUAGUUCACCUCUUCAGUGUGUGUAGGAGAGACCCGAGCCUUUCAGUUUCAUCUUAGGUGAACCACAUAUUGCCAUGUCAUACGAACCUGGGCAAACUGUUGUGAAUCUCAACCAUGGUUUGUUGAAACAAACAAAUUUCAAACCAUAGUUUAUGAAACUGGUUUGUUUUCAAAUCUAGUUAAGGUUAACCCCCUAUGCUCUUUUCCCUCGCAGUUUUUCAAAAGAACUGACAAUGUAGGCAUACAUUUACAUUGACCAAGUGAAACAAAUAUUGGGAUACGUUCCUCAUACCUCUUCUGAGUUGUUGUAAUGUGCUCAUUUUCAUGCGUUUGAUAGGAACCAGGAA